ACAAGAUUUACUCAACGAGUAGUGUAAGUUGGGUGUCAAUAGUGUCUCACCCUCAAAUUGUGUUAAUGUAUCUGUCUUCUAUAUUAUUACUAAGAUAUUAUAAUAGAAUCACAUUAGACAUAAGGUAAAAACUUACACGCACUGGGUGUUUACACCUUUAAUUAAGUUAAUCACAGAAGACAAAUUACAUUCUAAUAAGGAGUCUUAUUUUUACAAAUAAAAAAUUAAAAGGAUAGAAUAGUAAUAACGUAAGUUUGAAAGUUUUAGGGUUGCUGCCAGUGUUGUUUUUUCUUUAUUUCCCGCAGUUGUUCUUCCAACAUUUUGUUUCCAUUGGUGAUUUUAUGAGAAAUUUUGGUACUUUUUCAAAGAUGCAACUAGAAACUAAUAUACAGUAUUAUGCCAAAAAAACUCAAUCGAGAGUAUAGAUUGGAAAAAGAGUUUUGCAGGUAAGCUUAGGAUAUUACUUGUUGCUAAGAAGUAAGAAAAAAUAAAUUACAAAAAUAAUUUCUCAAGUGUGGAAUUUUCUUUGUAUUUUUUAUUGAGUAUAUGAAAGUCCCAUGAACAAGAAGUAGUCUUCUUCUUUUAUAUUUUUUUCUUCUUUUCCUCAUCAAUAAUUCGUCAUAAAAUUCAUCUUCAUUCUCUUGUACAAUUUGUGGAUAACUUCUGACAUAAAUGUAUGCCAAGGAUGGAAAAGAGCCUUGAGUUUUUCCCAAUUGAUUUCUGGUUUUCUAUAACUUCUUGUUAUUCCUUGGUCGAUUUAUUUGACAUUAAUGUUAUGUUCCUAACGGAGAUUAGCAAGAUAUUAUUAAGUAUUCUUUAUAUUAGUAUUAUUUUAAGAUCAUUAGCAAAAUACUAACUGUGGUUAAAUACUAAUAAUUGUAGUUAAAUAAAGUGACACAUGUUAUUUAUCUACUGGCCGGGUGUAAACUCCAGAUGCAGAUAAGUUACGUUCUUGUAUCAAAUUUUGCAGAAAGACUUAACUUCAUUUUUCUACCGAUAUCAGGCUCGAAAUAAUUCUGAAUUCCUACUUUUCAAGAGCACAGGUGGCCCUUCAUGAUAUUGAGUGGCCUAUUUUCCUCGACCUCCAUAUUUUCUUGAUUUAAGAAAACAAGGUGAAAUAAAAUAAUAGGAAAAGAAAGUAGAAAGAGAUGAGCAAAAACAAAUGGUUUCCAUUUUCAAUUACAUCAAGUGUUUUCUUAUAAAUGAAAUUUCUGAAACAUAUAAACUGUGUUUAUUUGCACUCUCUAGUCUUUAUGUGCUAAUUGUCUAUGUUCUUAUCGAAAUUCAAUUUAUAUGAAUUUUUAAAUGAUAUUUUAAAAUAUGUUUUUUUUAGUUAUAUUGAUAUGAAAAAAAUUGCAACCUAUAGUAUUUAUCGUAUAGUUUUUGAGUAUCUAAAUUCUAGUUUUAAAAUAUUAAGUUGACUAAUUCAAUUUAGCUUGAAAAAUUGGUCAAAUUGACUCUUGAUAAGCAAAAAGUAUCACAUAAAUUGAAACACAAAAAAUAUAUACUUCACACCUAGUAGCACGAAAGAGCAACGGGUUUUCCGUACUCAGAAUACUAAAUUUUAUGAUAAAGUGUUUAAGUUAUAUGCAUCAAUAGUGUAACUUUUAUUCAUACCACCACUGAAUUUUAGUCUAACCACUGAAUUUUAACCUGUGAUACUAGAUAAUUACCUUUUUUUACCUAAUUACCCAUCAAUACUUAUAAUGAGAUUUUACCUAUAAUUACCUAAUAAGUGACUUAAUUAUAUAAAAUAAUUUACAUCAUCAAUAGUCUAUUUUCUUUUGAAUUUUUCUGGACUUCUUUCACACAAACAGUUAAAAAGUUAGUGAAACAUAACUGCCAACCUCAAAAUGAGUCUUUGGACACCCGUUGUACCCGCCAUAUGUUUCUUCUCAAAGUCCAUUGUCAAUGGCAUAUCUCUAUGUAUUUCCCUUAUAUUUUCUAUUUUUAGGAACUUAUUUAGGAUUUAUGUAAAGCAACUUUCUCUUUAUACAUGGCUUCCCUCUUAACAACAGGCAAAAGGCGAGUAACUGGCAGAGUCACGAUUUGAAGUUUAUGAUGUUUUGGAUGCUAAUCUUUUUAAGUUAUUGAGUUCUAAAUCAAUUACCCGUACAUAUUCAAUGAAUUUUCGAACGAAAGAUACUGAGUUCGACCGAACGCGUAACAGACAUGCUAGCUCCUCCCCUUGAGAUUGGGCACAAACAGUUCUCCAGUGAUUCGCAAGAAAUACCUAAAAACAACACAAAAAAGAUUACUACAAGCGAAAAUAGAGAAAAGAAUAGGAAAAAAGAGAUAUAGAUACAAUAUUAGUUGCAUAAAAAAGAAGAUAAAAAGCUAUGGCCUUUAUAAGUGGGAAUAUAGUUUUGUUAAUAUUGCUCAUAUGCUUAGCUUCAUUAAUCCCAAAUUUGCAUGCCGGAAUUGCUGAAUUUGAUGAAUAUUUGGAAAAGCAAGCUAAGGAAGCCCUCAAUUCUUCCCUUGCUGCAUACAAUCAAAAUCCUGAGGAAGUUACUGAUACAUUCAAUAAAGAAGUUGGAGAUUCAUUGCUAAAUUAUACAGGCUUAAGGAGGCAUCUUAAAGAAAAAAGUAGUUGCAUGGCAACCAAUCCAAUUGACAGAUGCUUUAGGUGUGACAAAAACUGGGCUGAAAACAGGAAGAAGCUGGCAGAUUGUGCUCGAGGAUUUGGCCACAAAACGACCGGUGGCAAAGCUGGAAGGUACUAUGUUGUCACCGAUGACUCGGAUGAUGAUGUGAAGGAUCCAAAACCAGGGACCCUUCGUCAUGCUGUGAUCCAAGAGGAGCCAUGGUGGAUCAUUUUUGAGAAAUCAAUGGUAAUUAAGUUGAAGCAAGAAUUGAUGAUCACGAGUGACAAGACGAUCGAUGGCAGGGGAGUCUCUGUUCACAUUGCCAGUGGUGCUGGUCUAACGAUCCAAUUUGUGCAUAAUGUCAUAAUCCACAACAUUAGGAUCCACCAUAUUAUAUCUACCUCUGGUGGCAUGAUUAGGGACUCUGUUAACCAUAUUGGUAUUAGGACAGUGAGCGAUGGCGAUGGCGUUUCCAUUUUUGGUUCCAAUCAUAUCUGGAUUGACCAUUGCACUUUGUCACAAUGUACUGAUGGACUCGUCGAUGCCAUUAUGGCUUCCACUGCAAUCACCAUUUCUAACUGCAAAUUCAAUCAUCAUAACGACGUGAUGCUUUUAGGGGCAGCUGAUGCCUUUCCUCAAGAUUCAAUAAUGCAAGUCACAGUUGCAUUCAAUCGGUUCGGGCAUGGAUUGAUUCAGAGGAUGCCAAGGUGCAGGUGGGGAUUCUUCCAUGUUGUCAACAAUGACUACUCUCAUUGGGAAAUGUACGCGAUUGGUGGCAGCGCAAAUCCCACUAUUAUCAGCCAGGGUAACCGUUUCAAGGCCGCCAAUAAUCCUAAUACUAAGCAGGUGACUAAGAGGGAUUACGCACCAGAAUCCGUGUGGAAGAACUGGCAAUGGGUAUCGGAGGGCGAUUCUUUCUUAAAUGGAGCUUACUUUGUGGAGUCAGGGCCACAAACCAAGAAAAAAGCUGCAUUGACAAAACCUCAUAGGAUCAAGUUCAAGCCUGGUUCAUAUGCAGGCCGACUCACGCGCUAUGCUGGUGCGCGCAAAUGCAAAAUCGGUACACCUUGUUAAUCGAUGAUCCUCUUACGUGCGUAAUAUUAUGCAUCUGUGAGAAGGAGCUAGGUAGAUUUGUGAGUUUUGACAGUAGGAAAAUAGGAUAAGAAAGAAAUGGUUCUGAUAAAAGUUGUUGUCUUUUUUGUUUUAGUUUCUUUCCCUGUCAAUUCUUGUGACAGAAUAAGGUAAGUACAGGUAUUGUCAAAGAAUGAACCAAUUCUCGUGUAAAAAGAAAAAGAAGGUAACUUUGAUUUCUAGAAAUUUAUGUUCUCUGUUUGUAUUCAGUGUAGGCUGUAUGUUCCCAAGAGUGACAUUUUUAUAGUUCGAGUCUAAGACAGUCAGAGGAGGAUGAAAAUUUGAAGUUUACGGAUUUGAGAUUCAAGUUCUUUAAAGUUAUUGGAUUUUAAAUUAAUAGUUUGUACAUAUAGACAAAUACAAGAUUUGAACCAAAGCUACUUAGUUUGGUCGAACCUAUAAGUUAUAUACUGGCUCUGCCACGGAAGACAGUGGAUGCACAUGCACCAAUUACUUGUAUGUGAGAUUCCAAUUGACAGAUAGAUACAUGGUUCAAGCAGCUGGAAAAGUGCAACUAAGCUUUGAUAUAGAGACAAAUUGCUAAUUUAUACAAAGAGAAUUGGAAGAUUCAUGUAGUCCAGCUAAUUUAUACCAAAAAGCGUUGUGGUGGGAUGAAUAUGAUCUACACAUUUUUA